AUGGAGCAAGACAACUUCUCAAACAUAUCAUGGCAUAGCGAGCAGCGGGGGGAGGCGUCAGGGUCCAGCAGUGCUCCGCAGGGAGGUGCCACGAUCCUAGAAACCACCCACGGCAAGGAUCCAGAUGAGCCGGUCCCCGACUACCACCGAAUGGAAGGCACCGGCAUUGGCGGAGAGACGCUCAGCUGCACUGUAUCCUCGCCGCUGAAGGAGAACGAGGGCGGCGGUGGCCAGGGAUACAUCACCUAUCUCAUCACGACGAAUACCACCUUCCAAUCCUUCUCCAAAUCUACAGUCUCUGUCCGUCGCCGCUUCACAGACUUUGUGUUCCUUUACAAAACGCUAUGUCGCGAUUAUCCCGCCUGCGCCGUCCCACCGCUCCCGGACAAGCAGCGCAUGGAGUCUUAUGUCAAGAACAGCCGCUUUGACAACGAGUUCACCUCACGACGUGCUCAUUCUCUACAGAGGUUUCUCGCUCGCUGCUCACUACAUCCUAUAUUGCGCCGCGCCGCAAUCCUUCACCAGUUCCUGGAGUCACCGGACUGGAAUGCGACCAUGCGAACCCGGUCUGCGCGGGCCAGCACGGACCGAGACCGAGAGAGCAGCGCUUUCGAUAACUUUGCCGACAGCCUCAUAAAUGCCUUCACCAAGGUCCACCGGCCAGACCGGCGCUUCAUCGAAGUGCGCGAACGCAGCGACAAGCUAGACGAAGACCUCGGCCACGUCGAAAAGGUCGUCGCGCGCGUGGCUCGGCGAGAAGCUGACCUCGAGGCCGACCUGGCCGAUCUGGCCGAGCAGUUCCAGAAGCUCAUCACGCUUGAACCGGGCGUCGAGUUUGCCGUGCACGCCUUCGCGGCCUCGGUCGAUGACACGGCCGCCGGCCUGCACAAGCUCAAGGACCACACCGACCAGGACUACCUCGGCAGCCUGCGAGACAUGGCCGCCUACAGCGGGGCCCUCAAGAACCUGCUCAAGGCCCGCGAGCAGAAGCAGCUCGACUACGAGCAGCUGACCGAGUACCUCAACAAGAGCACCGCGGACCGCGACAUGCUCGCCUCGGGCUACCACGGCGGCGGCGGCGGCGGGGCCGGCGGGGCCCUCGCGGGCGCGGGCUCCUACCUGCGCGGCAAGAUCGAGGACGUGCGCGGCGUGGACCACGAGCAGAGCCGGCGCGAGCGGCAGCGCAAGCUCGAGAUGCGCAUCGAGGACCUGACGGCCGAGGUGGAGCGCGCGCACAAGACGAGCGAGAUGUUUGACGAGGAGGUCGUCAAGGAGGUCGCCGACUUUGAGCGCAUCAAGCGCUGCGAGUUCAAGAGCCAGUUUGGCGCGCUGGCCGACGCCCACAUCACCUUUUACGACGGCGUGGCCAACAUCUGGGAGCGGUACGUCAAGGAGAUGGAGAAGGACGGCGUUCUGGUGCCGUAG